CUUAGAUAUCAAUUGAAGAGAGAGAAGAAAAAAAAGAAAGAUGUCCAAUCUUCAAUUUGAGACGACAGUGAAUGAGCUAAUUAAGCUGGAUGCUCCGGUUGCUAUGGGAACAGGAAGCGAUCUUCCAAGGUGGCAAAGAAAGGCUAUGGAAAAUAGAGAGCGGGGACUUGCCCCAUCACCUUCCAAUAACAGGAAAACCCCUUCCCGAGGGGCUACGAAGACUCCAUCGCGUCGGCGCAACUCCAAACUAACUCCAAGUAAAACACCCCCUGCUAAGAAGACUGGGAAGACUCCUGGCAGAGAGCCACUUAAACAACAUCAAGGAGGAGAUAGAUUUAUCCCCAACCGGGCCCUGAUGGACUACGACCUUAGUCAUUUCAAACUGACCCAAGGUGACCAGCCCACAUUCGAUGAUGAGAUGCACGAAGCGGAUGAGGUAACGACCUACAACGCAUCGGCCAUCAAAGACCACCUGGGUGACCACAAGGACGCCAAGAUCCUGACCUUCAAGCAGAGAGCACCCAAAGCGCAAGAAGGUUACUCCAACAACUUGAAGGUGCUCUACAGUUCGACUCAGGACCGGCCGAAGAAACCGACUAGUCGUUUUAUACCACAAACUGCAGAACGGAUCCUCGAUGCACCGGAACUCCACGAUGACUUCUACCUGAACCUGAUGAGUUGGAGUUCAAAGAACAUUCUAAGCAUCGCUCUUGGCAACGCGGUUUACCUAUGGAACGCCAACUCGGGGGAGAUUGACCAUCUCUUUCAAUUAGAGAGUCCAGGGGAUUACAUUUCAUCGGUGCAAUGGCUUCAAGACACGGAUUGUCUCGCAGUUGGAAACUCGAUGGGCCAAGUGCUGCUCUGGGACGUUUCGAAACCCAAGUGUCUUCGAUGUAUGGCAGGUCAUCCCGCUCGAGUUGGAUCGCUGGCUUGGAAUUCCUACAUUCUGUCGAGCGGUGGACGAGCAGGAAAUAUUCACCACCACGAUGUCCGAAUCGCCGACCACCUGGUAGCUUCGAUCGAAGGACAUACUCAAGAAGUCUGUGGCAUGGCUUGGAGCCCCGAUUUUAAAUAUAUUGCCACCGGUGGAAACGACAACGUUCUCAAUAUAUGGGACUCUACGAGAGCAUUGGCAGGAUCUGAACCGCUCUAUUCACUCGCGCAACAUCAAGCUGCUGUUAAGGCUAUCAGCUGGUGUCCAUGGCAACCGAAUGUGCUUGGUAGCGGUGGCGGGACGGCCGACAGGACAAUACGAUUUUGGAAUGCUCAGAGCGGAUUGUGCAUGAAAACCACAGAUGCAAAGUCACAGGUGAGUGGAAUUUUGUGGUCACGUGAGCACAAAGAGCUAAUCACAGGCCAUGGGUUCGCUCAGAAUCAGCUGACUAUCUGGAAAUACGUCACCAUGGAAAGAAUCUGCGAUUUGAAAGGUCAUACCAGCCGUGUAUUGGCGAUGUGCCUGUCACCGGAUGGAACCACCGUCGUUUCCGCUGGAGCCGACGAGACGCUCCGAUUCUGGAAUUGCUUCGCUCACCUGAAGAAGACGAAGAAGCCAUCCACUAGCUCGAGGAGCAGCGAACCGUCCAAGGCACUGAUCACAAGAACCAUAAGAUGAUGUAAUGUUGAUAUGUUUUGAUUGUUUCGUGACAUCCAAGGACUCUAAGAAUGUU